AUUGAGGUGGCGUUUCAUGAAGUAACUGAAACGCGGGACACAAAAGAACAGAUGCAUGUUUUCAGUGGACUACAGGCAUUUUACAUUUUUUAGGGUAGAGUGUUUUUUUUUAAUUCUAUAUAUGUAGGAUGUGAGCACCUGUCAGUCUCAGAGCAUAUUAGUCUGUCUCUCUUCCCUCGUGUUUGUCAUGACAUGUGCCGCACUUACCAAACUCCUCGUGGUCAUUCUCGUGGCAUUCAUCCUGUGCCUGCCAGAGUUCUUCUCUCCCCGAGGGUUAAAGAUAUCCUUCUGCUGUGAGAGCUUCAAGCCUUGCGCAGACCACUCUGAUGGUGGGUGUGAGAUGUCAGUGGGCACGUGGGUGAAGGACCAACCCUGCAGUGGAGAGACAAAUACCACAGAGCAGAACAUCUCAUACUGGCUGUGUGAAACACAGACCGACCUAACAAAUCUCUUUGGAAAUGGCUCUGUUGUAGACCCACUGGAAGUGUCUCUCUUGGUCCAGAUUGACAGUCCCUCAGCACGUAAUGUGACCAACCAUUAUCAUUUGAAAAAUGCCAGUUCUCUUAUAAGCUCAGAAACCCAUCAGGGGCUCUUCCACUGCUGUAUGAGCCCCAAUGAAACCCAGAACCUCCUACAGAAUAGCACUCCUACUCCACAUCACUGUCUCCUACAUGUUCAACGAAGAAAUCAGACAGAAACCUUUUACUUCCCUCAUCAAAUGAAAGGAAAUGGACAAUGUCUGAGCCAGCGUGUGUGGCUUGCUCUUGUCCUUGUUGUGAUAUCUAUAACGGUGGUGACUGUUGUUUAUCAGACUCUCUGCAGGACACUGCUUCUGAAGAGGAGAGUUGAGCGUCUUCCUGACAGUGCAGACCAACCUUGUCGUCGACUCACCAUCAGAAGAAGUACAUCAUGUGCUGACAUACCAGAUCUGGCAUUACCACCCAGAGGCUCCGCAGGAGAUGUGUUCUCUGAAGUCUCACCCCAGGAGGAAGCAGAAGAUAACAUCUGGCCUUCCCUCCUUCCUAAUGAGACACUUCUUAAAGUCUACAGGUGUAGGAAAGGACUCUCACCUAUUCGUGAAGUUGAAAAUCAUGAAGUCAGUGGCGAGGUACAAGAAUGUGGGGGCUCACUGCUGCUGAACCAAGACUUCAGUCACAGUCAGUGGGGACCACUGUCUCAGCUGCACCACCGUGGACACCCACCACCCCUCAGUUUGAUGUCUGUCACACGAGAGGAUGAGGAGGACUGGUAUAACUGAACGUGUUUGCGGACAUCCUUCAUCUUCAAUAAUAUGGCUCUUGAUUUCAUUAUCAGGAAAACAUUCUGGUGGACGCAUUGUAUGGAGGGACCGUUUUUAUGGCAAAUUUCUUAAAAAUGAUGGAGAGUAUGGUACUAGUGUGAUGUACACAUACAUUACCACUUUAAAAUAGAAACAUACUGUAGGUGGGAUUGUUUUUAUUCACAUAUUAAAACAUGGGUUUCUACAAGCUCAUACAAGGUCCACAGGAGGAGUAGAUAAGCAAGAAGCAACUGUAGGGCAUUAUGCGCUCAUACAGACACACAUCUGCUGUAGCCGGCCCCGUUAUCAGGUCACUGUCCUCCAUGUGGAGUCAUGUCUGAGGGCAAUAUAUAUGUUGUGCAGAUGCUUCAAUCCGAAUAAUCAAAUAUACAGUUCAUUUUUUUUUACAUAGGUAUUAGUUUACAUUGGAGUGAAAUACAUAAGCUUAGAUAAGCUUCUUUAAUGAUUACUGCCUAAGCCAUCUUAAAUAUAAUAUUCACUUCCUAAAUUUCCCUUCAUAAUAUAAAGAUGAAAUCUUCCAGACAAAAUAUUCAAUACUGAAUCAAAAUAUAGAAUACUGAUAAUGAGUUUUGCCAUCAAUGCAAAUUCUUAAGCCAAUCAAGAAAAAGUAACGACAUGAUCUGAUUGAUUUGUAUUCUUGUGAACAGACACAGUUCCUAUUGGAGACACAGCUGUGUUGUAAAACAACAAAACUUAUCUAUAUCUAAAUCUUUACUCUUUCGGUGAAAGAAAAACAUUGGCGAUAUGUACAUUUUCCACCUAACAUAUACAUAGAAGGGAACCAAUUCAAUUUCUAAAUUUCAUGAUGGUAAAACAGCUUAGGCACCAAUUGUAACAUUUUUGUCUAUAUUACAAAGUAGCGGUUCUGAAACGCAAGUUAGACCAAUGAAAAUCUUUUAAGAUUCAAGGAAAUGUCAUAGACAGAGUAGUAGCUUGUAUAUUCAAAUGGCACCAUAUUGUAUGGAGGGAGUUCUCAUGUUUUGUUAAACAAAAUAAGUAAACAAGUGCAAAUCACAUUAAUAUUGUAUAGUAUUAUUUAAAAAAAAUGAGAAAUAUAAUUUAUGUAAAAUAAAUGUUUUAUGGAAUGGA